AUGCCCUAUGGUGAUGGCAUUUUGGAAUCACCAGCUGAUCGAUAUGGAAAAACAACAUUAUGCAUGCGCAAUGCAAAACGUUUAUUUAAAUGUGCUGCAUAUGUGGUCUAUUUUGUUGGUGUACUGAUCUUUGCUGUUGCAAGUAAAGGAUCAUUUCUUCUUAUGACACAAAGUUUAGGAAAUCGAUUACAAGAAAAACAAUAUGCAGGUCGUUGGUCAUUGAUGUUAGUUGGAACAAUAUGCGUUCCAUAUGUAUUUCUAUUUCUUGAAGCACUUGCAAAAAGUCUUUUUCGUAAUCGACGUGGGCCAGUGUUUGCAGAUUUAAUAACAAUCUUUGUUCUUGAGAGUAUUCAUACAUUUGGUGUUUGUUUACUCGUAUUUCGUGUUUUACCAAGUUGUGAUGUUAUACGUGGUCUUUUGUUGAUGAAUGCUGUUUGUACUAUUCCUGCAUUUUGUAAAUUAACAUUAUCAAAAAGUAAUUCAAGACCCAUGUUACGAUUUUUAACAUUAUUUGUUGAUUUGGCUGCAUUUGCUGCUCAAUGUUCCGUUUAUUUUAUUGUAACAAGUACACAAUUUACAGCGUUUCUGACAAAACCAUCAGGAGCAACAACAACACCAGCUACACCAAUUGGCGAUUUGUCAGCAUCGGAUCCAUACGAUUCAAUGAAUACAGCCAUGAGUAAUUCAAUGAAAGCAGCAGCCGAUACAAUUGAACAAGUACAAUUACGUUUUGGUUGGGAAGCACCUGUAGCAUUAUUUUGUGUAUCGAUUGUUUGGUGGGAAAACUACGUUGAUAGAGAUAUUAAAUUAGGCAAAUUAAAUAUUCCAUUAGGAACAUAUAAGCGGCAUUUACAAUCAAUACGAUCCAAAGCAAAUAUAGGUGCUUCAAUAUGGAAAAUAGCGCUUACAGUUGCAUUUAGUUUUCUUCUAUUGCCAAGAGAUCACUUUGAAAAUGUAUUUGUAUCAUUUAAUAGUAAUCGAGUAGGCAAUGGACUUACAGAUACAUCAUUACAUGCUGGACCGGAAUUAAAUAAUUAUGAUGCUGGACCAUUAUCAAAUCAAUUUGAUAUGAACAGUAAUGAUUUGCCUGUACGACAUAAACGUCAAAUGCCAUUAUUUCCUGGUGGUGGUGGUGGUGUUAGCGAUGAUAAUAAUACUAUUAUGGGUAAAAUAGGUGGAAAUGAACAAAUGACUUUAUUUCCAAAUAAUGAUGAAGAUCCAAGUGUGGCAGCAGCUGAUCCAUUUGAUAUUCAGCCAGAUAGGGAGAAAACUAUAGAUGACUAUUGGCAUUCUAUAGGGCCAUUUGUUCCUAUGAUUAUACAUUUUUUUUCAACUGGUCUAUGUUAUUAUUUUUCAAAAUCAGCAUGUAAAAUGCAAAUGCAACGAGUGGCAUUUGCUGUACCAUUAACUUUAGCAACACCUGUUACAUUAGCGAUUAUGAUUGGUUUGUGUCAAUGGAAAACUGAUCAAAUUGUUCUCAUACGUGAAAUCAUGUAUUGGGAGUGUAGCGAAAAUCUGAGUUCAACACGCAUAACAUGGCAUAUUGUAGUUGGUUUAAGUCUUUGGUAUCUAUCACAAUUAUGGAUAACAUCACAUGUAUGGUUUCCUGAAAAUAAACGUUUAGCUACAACUGAAACAUUAUUUGUUCUUCCGCAAUAUGAUAGUUCAUUAAUUGAACAAUCACUUCUAUUAAAUCGACGUCGUAACGAACCAGAGCACCAGAAAAAUAUAUUCGAAGAACAUUUAAAAGGUUUAGGGAUGGCUGCAUCUUCUGAAGAUGAAAAAUUAGAAAAUAAUACAAAAAUUUACUUAUGUGGAACAUUAUGGCAUGAAACGAUUAGUGAAAUGAUUCUUAUGCUUAAAUCGGUUAUGAGAAUGGAUAUUGAUCAAAGCGCUAGACGACAAGCACGAGAUGAAUUUCAAGUCAUUGAUCCAGAUUACUAUGAUAUGGAAGCUCAUGUCUUCUUUGAUGAUGCCUUUUAUCACGAUGAAAAUCAACAGCGUACAUUGAAUAUUUUUGUCAAUGACUUUUUUGAAGCUAUUAAUAAAGCUGCUGGAAUUGUUCAUGAUGUCGAAGGAAUGAAAUUGGCUCCACCGCAAAAAACAGCCACACCAUACGGUGGCCGUUUAUCGUGGCGAUUACCAGGUGGAAAUUUACUUGUUGUUCAUCUUAAAGAUAAACUGAAAGUCAGUAAGAAAAAACGAUGGAGUAUGGUGAUGUAUAUGUAUUAUUUACUUGGUUAUCGCAUUCUUGGCCAAUGUGAAGACCGAAUGAAAUCCUUAACGAAAAUAAUUGAAGAUUCACCUGAUAAAAGAAAUUAUCGUCGACAUUUUGAUCAAAAUGAAGAUUUACAUGUUUAUUAUAAAGAUAUUCUAGGGCCACGUUUAUUACUUGAAGCGGAGAAUACGUUUAUUUUAUCGGUUGAUGGUGAUGUUGAUUUUGGUCCGGACUCAGUUCGAAUGUUGACGGAUCGAAUGAAAAAAGAUAAAAAAGUUGGAGCAGUUAGUAGUCGAAUUCAUCCUAUUGGUAGUGGUCCAUUAAUAUGGUAUCAGAAAAUGGAAUAUGCUAUGUGUUAUUGGUUACAAAAAACAACAGAACAUAGUCUUGGUUGUGUUCUAUGCGCUCCUGGCUGUUUCGCUUUGUAUCGUGCAUCAGCUUUAAUGGAUGACAAUGUUAUGAAAGUUUUUGCAGCACGUUGUGAAUCGCCCGAAGAUUAUCUUCUUCGAGAUUUAGGCGAAGACCGAUUUCUAAGUAAAUUAUUAAUUGAACAAGGUUAUAGAAUUGAAUAUUGUGCGGCUGCUGAUGCAUAUACACACGCACCAGAAACAUUUACUGAUUUUUUUAAUCAACGUCGUCGAUGGAUACCAUCAACACUUGGCAUAACUGUGUCGAUACUUAAAAAUUAUCAUCGUACAAUACGUGUCAAUGAAAGUGUUUCAUUUCUAGCUAUACUCUAUCAUGUUUUCUAUCUUGCUCUAUACAUACUAAGUCCAGCAACAAUAACUAUUGCCAUAGCUGAUGCAUUCAGUGCAACAACUGAUAUUGACGUUUGGGCGGCAUAUACACUUGCUUGUUUUCCUGCUGUAGCAUUUUUAAUGAUUUGCUAUCACGAUAUAUCAGAAGAGAAAAAGAUUAUUUGUGCAGCUAUAUUUGGAACGUACUAUGCUAUUGUUAUGAUGAUUGUCGUUGUUGGAACAAUAGUGAGAAUGGUCGAUGGAUCAUGGAAAACAACGGCUGUCUUUUUUCUACUGUUUAUGGGAAUUAUUUUCUUUCUUACGGCAAUUUGUCAUCCGUAUGAAUUAAACUGUGUUCAGCCAUGUUUACUUUUCUUUCUUUGUGUUCCAACAUCGUAUGUUUUACUUGUUAUUUAUGCAUUAACAAAUUUAAAUGCAAAUGCUUGGGGCACACGCGAAGAUAUCUUUAUACCCAAUCGAAAGAAAAAACAAAAAUUCAAAAGUCAAGCUGAAUGUUUACAAUUCCUGGAACAACAAUUUUCAAAUGCAAAAAAUUCUAAUGAACUUUUAGCUGUUGUUGAAAAUUUAAUUGACGAAUGUCAUUCACAACGUACAGAAUCCAGUGAUCAAUUAUUAGCGCAAAUAACUGCUGUACUCAAUCGCAUCAAUAUGUUCGAUGAUCUCGAUAAACGCUUAAAUCAAGGUCUAGAUUUGCAUGGUAUCGGCUUAGAAGAACUUGUUGAAGAACAACAAAAAAGUCAAAAUCAAAAUUUACUUCAUGAACAAAAACAUAAUGAACAGAUGAUGAAGAAAUAUGAUGAUCGCGUAAAUCCAUAUUGGUUUGAUCAUCAAUUAGUUAAAUAUGCUGAUGUAAAAUUUCUAAAGGAAAAUGAGUUUCUUUUCUGGAGACGACUCAUACAGAAAUAUUUAAAACCUAUACAUAUGGAUGCACUGGAAAAGCAAAAACUUCAAUUAGGAUUAAAUGAUUUACGUGAUCAAGGUGUAUUUGCAUUUUUCAUGCUUGAUGCAUUAUGGAUAGCAUUUGUUUUUUCUGUUUUACUUGCACAAAAUCGUUUGAAAGAUAUGUUAUUUAUUCCUGUGCCUAUUCCGAGUUCAUACAAUGAUCAUGCUAUGAUUGAACCAUUGGGUGUUAUGUUAAUAUUCUUUUUUGGUAUUAUAUGUUUAAUACAAUUCGUAGCUAUGCUUUGCCAUCGUUAUAACACAUUUCAACAUAUAUUGGCAUCAACUAAACUUCGUUCAAGUAAAUUUGAAGGCGUUCGAAUUGAAGAUAUUAUGGAUAUUGUUAAAAUGCUUCAACAAAUCAAACCCAUUGACGAAGAGAAUGAACCGUUACCUGAUUAUAGCGAUGGCGAAAUCGAUAAAAAUGAUAAUCCAAAUCACGGCAUGAGAGGUGACGAUGAUGGAUCGCAAGCUGGAUCGGGCGAUGAUGAUGUUUUUAUUCAAGCAGCAGCUAUUGCUGGUGAUUUAAAUAAUGAAUCGGCUGCAGGAAAAUAUCAUGUCGUCGAUGAAAAUGGAGCAGUUAAUCGAAAGAUUCGUCACAGAAUUAGUCGACGUAAUCAUGGCAAAACUCCCGAUAAUCGUCCUCAUCGUAAAGGUAUGGAUAAUCCAUCGUUUCAACAUGAUGAAUCUCAACAUGGUAUUGAACGUAUCACAUCACCAAAACGAAACCGAAAAAUACGAUCGAGUGCAAGUCCAUCGAAAAAACCUCCACGCAAUGCUAAAAGUCGUGCACAUAGUGAAAAUCGCCAUCUCAACCCUCAUAUACGCCCCCCACAACAACCAGAAGCAUCUGUUUUAACAACUACUCAAGGUGGAGCUUCUGCUAAUCAUCAACCAUCGUCACACCAUCAACGUCGUACACAUUAUAAUAAAAAAUUGCAAAAGAAAAAUUCCCUUGAUGCCAAUUUUCGUCGUCGUGUCGAAAAAUUAAAAGAAGCUACAAGUUCAACAGAACUUGAUAUGAAAUUACUUGAUAAAAAGAUGACUAAAGUUUUGUUCAAUAUGCAUGGUGUUCCAGUUGGACCCAAUGUUUUAUAA